CGAAAAAACGGAAAAAUCAUAGAUUUUUUGAAAAAAAAAUAGUUUAUAAGGCUCAGGAUAUAUAUAAAAAAUAAUACCAACAACAACAUCAACUACCUGAAGAUUUUUUUUGUAAAAAAAAAAAAGAACAGCUCAGUCAGUACUCUAAGUAACUGAGAAACAAAAAUCACAAGGAAAACAAUUGUUUUUAAAACUUAAAAAAAGUAAAAAAGGAAAGGAGUGGAGAAGUGUAGAGAAUAGCAGUGACCAUAACUCCCCAGAUACGGUUUGUAUACACGAACGUCUAAAAAAAGAAUUUCAGUGACCUUUUUUGUGAGUGACACUCCUUUAAAAAAGCCAGUCAACCAGCCAGCCACCCAUUCAACCAGCCAGUUUUGAAAGCCAUAAAGUUUAUUACUUUGCUUGCUGCAUCUAUUUUUGAAGGUCAAUUGCAACACACACACACACACACCCACACAAACGCCCUGGUUUUUACGGAGAGAAAUCUUUAAAAGUGUCUAAAGCAAAAUCAAGCAAAGAAAGAAUAAAACAUAGACCGGAGGUGAAAAUUCAUGUCAAAAGUUCAAUAGUUAAGAUACUCCUGCAACUGCGACCCCACACACACACCUACCGAGAAGUAAAGUAAUAACAAAAUAUUUACACGUUUGCCCGUACACCAGGGAGCUUGUCAUUGUAUACACAAAAUAUUACGGUAGCAAGUCAGACAGCCAUCCAGCCAGCCAAACAGCCAGCCAUCAUAAGAACUUGCAAUAAUAAUAUCAGCAUACAACAGCAAAUAAUAACAACAACAACAAUCGUGCUGGCAAUAUGACGGUUUUAGUUAUACACACAAAUGGUGUCAAUAAAACCAAAAAUGCCAGCAAUGGUGGCAGUAGCUCCAGCAGUCAUGCUAGUAAUGCAACGUCCUUUACUACAACAGCCACAACAGCUGCAGGAACAGCAGCAACAACAACAAAUGGCAAUGCAGCAGGAUUUCGUGAUAACAACAUGAGCACCUCUCCCACACCACACACAGCAGCAGCAGCAGCUACAGCCGCCAGAAAAACAAACGCCAUAACCACCCCUUUCACUUCAACAAAUCUCUUUCAAUUACUUUCCAUAGUCUGUCUGUGUCUGCUCGGCUAUUACAAUUCAACACAAUGUGGUCUGGUAUUCGAUGAUAUCAGUGCGAUACGAGAAAACAAGGAUUUACGACCGAGCACCCCAUUACGCCAGAUAUUUCUCAAUGAUUUCUGGGGUACACCAAUGCGCAAGGAGCAUUCUCAUAAAUCCUAUCGUCCACUGACGGUCUUAACAUUUCGUUUCAAUUACUGGCUGCACGAAUUGCAGCCGUAUGGUUAUCAUGCUGUUAAUGUUCUGCUGCACAUUGCAGUUUGUCUACUCUGGCGUCGUGUCAGUCGUCUCUUGGUUCUGCAAUGUACCCAAAGGCCAGCAUUUGCCCAGAAAUGUUCCUUCGUAAGUUCUCUGCUCUUUGCCGUGCAUCCCAUACACAGUGAGGCCGUGACUGGUGUGGUAGGUCGUGCUGAAUUGCUAUCAUCACUGUUCUUUCUGUUGGCCUUUCUCUGCUAUGCCAAGGCGGUGAAUCCCUCGCUCAAUUCAAGUGCAUUUUCGAAAUUUAAAUCUGCAAAAUGCGCCGGCUCUCGUACCACCCAAUGGCCAAUGUUAUUUUUCAAUUUCACUCUCUGUCUACUCGCCUCAAUGCUGUGCAAGGAACAAGGUAUUACCAUUGCAGGUAUCUGUCUAACAUAUGAACUAUUUGUGGUACAGCGCAUCCACCCGCUGCAAUUGUGGUCGACAUUGCUGAAUCUUUUCGAGGAACGAAGCUCAACAUCGAGAACAACAGCAUCGCCUACAAAUAAGGCUGGUAAAAAUGCAUCACCAGUCAGUCUUCAAACGAACGGCAACAUUGCAACAACCUCGUCCACGGGUGCAGCAAACAAUGCGGAUUUCAUUGCAUCGGCUGCUGCUGCUUCACAAAAUGCAGGAGCGCCAGGAAUAUUUAGCUCCACAGCAGCACCACCACUACCCCUAGCAUCUCUACCGCCCAUAACAUGGUCUGGCACUCUGGUGAAACGUUUAACAUUUCUGAUUGCCAUUACGAUUUGUCUGUUGGUCGGUCGCGUCUAUGUUAUGGGUUCUCAGCUACCUGUAUUCACACGUUUCGAUAAUCCAGCCUCCUCUGCAGAUGCUCCAAUACGUCAGCUCACCUAUAGCUAUUUGAUUUAUUUGAAUUCUUGGCUCCUGUUAUUUCCAUGUGAUUUAUGCUGUGAUUGGACAAUGGGCACGGUCCCCCUAAUCGAAGGCUUUGCCGAUGUACGCAAUGUGGUCACUCUGCUCACCUUUACCUCCUUGGCAGCGUUAAUUUACACAGCAUGCCGCAGUAAAAGUCUACAUCAUUCCCGUAUGCUAAUCAUGUGUUUGGCUUGGAUUAUUCUACCAUUCCUGCCGGCCUCGAAUCUCUUCUUCCCCGUGGGAUUUGUUGUGGCCGAACGUAUAUUGUAUAUGCCUUCAAUGGGUUUCUGUCUACUCAUAGCCUAUGGUUAUGAACGGAUUAAGGAGACGAUGGUCGAUGAAAAUAAAUCCCAUUUGCAAUUUGUAUGGAAAUUGGCAUUGUUCGGACUGCUGCUAACGCACACGGCAAAAACCUAUCAACGCAACAAAGAUUGGAUUAAUGAAUACACUCUGUUUAUGAGUGGAGUACAUGUUAAUGAUCGCAAUGCUAAGCUCUUUAAUAAUGUCGGUCAUGCUUUGGAGAAUGAGGGACGCUAUCAGGAGGCUUUGUUAUAUUUCCAGCAGGCGGUACACAUACAACCGGAUGACAUUGGGGCCCAUAUAAAUGUGGGACGUACCUAUAAUAAUUUGAAAAUGUACGAUGAGGCCGAGAGGGCAUAUCUAAAGGCCAAGUCGCUGUUUCCGCGCAUUAAGCCGGGAGAAAGUUAUCAGGCCCGUAUUGCUCCGAAUCAUUUGAAUGUUUUCAUUAAUUUGGCCAAUCUAAUUGCUCGGAAUCAAACCCGUCUGGAAGAGGCCGACUUUUUGUAUCGUCAAGCCAUCAGUAUGCGUUCGGAUUAUGUUCAGGCCUAUAUCAAUCGGGGUGACAUUCUCAUGAAACUAAAUCGCACCAUUCAGGCCCAGGAGGUGUAUGAGAAGGCCCUGCUGUAUGACAGUGAAAAUGCCGAUAUUUAUUACAAUUUGGGUGUGGUAUUCCUGGAGCAGGGGAAAAGUGCCCAGGCCAAUGUGUAUUUCAACAAGGCUCUUGAGCUAUAUCCCGAACACGAACAGGCCCUGCUCAACUCGGCAAUUUUACUACAAGAAAUGGGUGGCCCAGUGGCCCGGCAGCUGUCUCGCGAGAGAUUACACAAAAUUCUACAGAAAAAUGGCGACAAUGAAAAGGUCUACUUUAAUUUGGGCAUGCUGGCCAUGGAUGAAAUGGAUUUUGAGGCCGCCGAACAAUAUUUCAAACGAGCCAUCCACCUAAAAGCUGAUUUUCGUAGUGCUCUUUUCAAUUUGGCUCUACUGCUGGCCGAUGCCAAUCGUCCCCUGGAUGCUGUGCCCUUUCUCAAUCAACUAAUACGUCAUCAUCCCGAUCACAUUAAGGGUCUAAUACUUUUGGGUGACAUUUACAUAAAUCACAUGAAAGAUCUAGAUGCUGCCGAGAUAUGUUAUCGUUCCAUACUCAAAUUGGAUCCACACAACAUUCAGGGUCUACACAAUCUGUGUGUGGUCUUUGUGGAACGCAAACAUAUGCUCAAGGCCCAACAAUGUCUACGUUAUGCCCAUCAAUUGGCACCGGGCGAAGAAUACAUACUACGUCAUUUGCAAAUUGUCGAACAGCGUUUGCAGAAAAUCAACAAGUUACCUGAUCAAUCACCUGAGAAACAACUUGCCUUGGCUGAUUUCAAUCCAAAAGAAUUUCUUCCCUCAUCAUCGACGACGACGACAACACCAAAUACAUCGAGUCAAACUCCUCCAGUAACUAAUUUAGGCAAGAAUAACAAACAACAACAACCACAACGUAAAACAAACAGCAAAUCCUCAACAUCAUCAAAAACCUCAACACAAUCCACCACGGUACAUCAUACAUAGCAGCAUUCCCAUACCCAUUAGAUUCAAGGAUUGAAAUGCAACUGUUAUCUGGAUUCUCUGCACCAUUGGGGAAUAGGAUAAAAGGACAUUUCUCCACAAGAAUCACGUAAUAUUAUUGUAAUAUACAACAACAACAGAAAAUACCAUUUGUAAAAAGGCUGUGGGUAAGUGUUUUUUGGAUAUAGAAAAUAAUCUGAGUUGUUUAUGGUUAAGUUUUUCUUAUCACUCUCUUUUUUAAUGGACAUUAUUGUGCUGUAGGUUUUUUUUUUGUGGAAGGCAAGGCUUUUGGAAUGUUGAGUGAGAAAAGGACAAGAAAGAGAUGAACCUUAAUUGAAUUAUUGUGUUGUCGAUUUUUAUCAAAGGCAAGGCUUUUAGACCGGAGUGAAUUGAAAAGAAAUCCAAUUGCUUUACAACGGAAUAGCAGGAUUCGCUUUGAAGAUAGUCUGCAGUUCCUUAUUUUAAAGUCAUUGACGUUCGUGUGAAUUUAUAACCCUGGGCUCUGGAAGGAUUAGCUUUGGAGAUAGUCCUAAUCUCCGAGUCAUUGACGUUCGUGGAAGUCUAUUAUCCUGUAUUAUCUCUAUAAAUUUGGUUUAAAAGUACAUGGCUUUUGGACUAGAGAGACUUGAACAGAAAUACAAUCACUUUUGAAGGAAAGAAAAAGGAAUCACUUAUGAAAUAGUUUCCAGUUCCUAAACUUGUUGUCAUUCAGGUUCUUGAGGGCUUAAAACCGUCGAUUUUAGAAGACUAUUAGGCCUAUAAAUGUGGGUUUAAACUACAACUUCCCAGAGAAUUUGUGGAACUGUUUUGCAAAUAUUUCGAGACGCAUCUCAGGUCGAAAAUCGUGGAUUUUUAGUGGACAUAUUCAAAAUGACUAGCGACUACCUCUAAUAUCUUGGAAUUUUUUUAAUUUCCAGGGGAACAUUAGAACUACAAUCCUUGGCUAUUUAAAGGUGUUCUUUAUAAGACUAUAAGUUCUAAUACCGACGAUUUUUUCUCAAGAAUUUUAUGGCCUAAAAUCGUGAAUUUUCCACAUAACUUCUUGAGGAUUUU